AUGACAACUAAUAUACAAAAUGUGGGUGCUAUUUUCUGCAUUGCAAUGAAUUCUGUUAUACAAGUAUACUCUGGACAAUUUGAGAGUACAAUGUGUUUAGAGCAAUCUCUGGAAAUCCAUGGUAAAAUGAAAAAUAAAUUGUGCCCUGACAGUUUACUAUCAUCAGAGCAAGGGGUUGAAAAUUGCCUGUUUUAUUGCAAAGGAACAUACAAUACACUUGAAAUAUCGACUGAAGAUUUAUAUUGCGUAGACUUUGUGAUAUCGUUCAAUAACAAUGGAACACAAUCAUCAAAGCUGAAAGACCGUUUAUGCGAAAUAUCAAACUGUCUUAGCAAAAAACCUGUUAUUGUAAUUUCAACGACUCUAAGCUGCUUCAUUGUUGGAAGUAUCGUCGGAAUUGGCAUUUUGUAUGUAAUAUAUCGCUUCAGGAAUCUGAAAAACAGAUUUGAUACACAAAUGCAAAGUUCAGUGUUUUAUCAAUCACGGCAUUCAGAGGAACACGGAUUGUCUGAGGGAAGAAUCAUUAUAAACCCUCUAGAGGAAACACAAUAUGCAGAUAUCGAAGACCAGUUCAGGAUGGUAGCCAAAGCUAUUCAAGUUCCUUCUUACAAAGAAGAUAGUUCGUCGAGUUCAAGGUCAAGGGAAAACAUUUAUCAUCAUUUGAGUGGAUUGGAAGACAGAGCGAAGAGUGUUCUUUUCUCUAGUGAUUCUCUAUCUGAGGAUUAUAUAAAUGGUAGUAAGAUAAUUGAAGUACAAAAUGGAAGUCCCUCCUUAAAGUCAUUCAUCAUCCAUGCAGGAAGUCCAUCUUCGAAAUCAAAUGGUGAAUCAAAAGUUUCACCAACCGGAAGUGGAGGAAGUGACAAAUACUAUGCAUUAGAAAAAGAAUAUAUGAUUUUUAAGUCUGAUAAUGGGUUCGCUUAAUGUAAGA